AUGAGGUCGGUACACUCUAGAGUGUCGUCCCGGUCCCGUUCUCGACCACGACCUAUGGACGGCGCCGCCCGCAGCAGUCGGCCGAGUACCGCCGCCCGGCCGCCGGAGUCGUUGGCCCGCUGGCGGGUGGACUCCAACGGCCGACUGGCCAACUUGGACUUGGCGCUGCUGCGGCGAGACCUCCACCGCCGCCUCGCGGACGGCCGGCUCUACACGCUGGAGGAGUGCCGCGUGUUUCUCCUCGAGAUGACCCGCAUGGCGGCGGCGUGGCAGGCGGAGGAGAUCCCGCGCCUCGUGGCCCUCGCCGACCUCCGCGACCGCCGCCUCCCCGCCGCCCCGCUCGCCUUCCAGUGGCCCCCGCCCCGCACAGACCCCCUCCCGCUCGCACCUCUCCCAACCACUCAACCCACAAACGCACAUGUCGUGGCGGAGAUGAACGCCGCCGUGGCGCGCAUGAUAGACCGUUUGUGGGAGUCUCGUCGACAGCGGCUCCUCCUCGCCGCACGUUUGCUGCAAGACAUUGAGUCCCCAUUACAAGUAGUGCCACCCGCAGGCAGUGUCUCCGGAUAG